AUGUCUCGCGCACUGCUUAUAACAGGAGCAACCGGAAAACAAGGCGGUAGCGCCAUCAAAGCUCUACUUGCUAGGAAUGCUGAUUUUAAAAUUCUCGCCGUCACAAGAGAUGUCGCCUCACCAUCAGCCAAGAGCCUGGCUGCUGCAUCUCCAAAAAUUACUCUCAUUCAAGGAAAUUUAGACAAUACAGAGGCCAUAUUCCAAAGUGCCAAGAAAGCGGUCCAAGAACCCGUCUGGGGAGUUUUCAGCGUUCAGGUACCGGCCAUGAAUAAGACAGGUUCAAUUAUCGAACAGGCGCAAGGCAAGGCCCUCGUUGAUUCGGCCAUCAAGCAUGGCGUAAAGCACUUUGUCUACGCGUCUGUAGAUCGCGGCGGCGCCAAGUCAAUUGAUAAUCCCACCAACGUCCCUCAUUUUGUCAGCAAGCAUCACAUUGAGCACCACCUCAUCGAUAAAGCCAAGGACAAGAUGUCUUGGACAAUUCUCAGACCGGUGGCAUUUAUGGAAAACUUUGCUCCUGGCUUUGUCGGCAAGGUUUUUACCACUAUGUGGAGAGAAGCCAUAAAGUCUCGCCCGCUACAGCUCAUAUCGACGGACGACAUUGGUGCAUUUGCGGCUCUGUCCUUUAUGCAGCCGCAUCAAUUCUCCGGCCAGAGCAUAUCACUGGCUGGCGAUGAGUUGACAUUUGCUCAGGUGGAAGAGGUCUUUCGCAAGGAGACGGGGGCUCCUCCACCCACUACAUUUGGGUUCAUAGCCCGACUCGCUUUGAGAAUGUCAGAGGAGAUGAGAACCAUGUUUGCUUUCUUUGAGAAAGAAGGAUACGGUGCUGAUAUUAAAUCGCUAAAGGAUACUCACCCUGAGCUCAAAAACUUCAGCCAAUGGUUGGGUGAUAGGUCAACGGUUAAGCCAUAA